AUGAAUAUUUUGGCACUUAACACUGAUUAUUCUCUAUUCACAAGGCUCAAAGGUUCUUCUUACAUUGCUCUUUUAGUCUAUGUUGAUGAUGUAGCCAUAGCUAGCAAUGAUCCCAAAGCAGUUUCGGAUUUCAUCAUUCUUUUGAAUGAUAGGUUUCGUUUGAAGGACUUAGGACCUUUGAAAUAUUUUCUAGGUCUAGAGAUUGCUAGGUCCACAGAAGGCAUUUAUGUAUGCCGAAGAAAAUAUGCCUUAGAGAUUCUUGAAGAUUCAGGAUUACUUGCUUCUAAGCCAAUUAGUUUUCUAAUUGAGCAAAAUUUGAAAUUGUCAAAAGAUGAAGGUAUUCUUUUAUCAAAUUCUACCUCUUAUAGGAGGUUGGUUGGCAGACUUCUCUACCUCACCAUUACUAGACCUGAUAUAACAUACUCGGUGCAAAUCCUAAGCCAGUUUAGGGAUAAACCAAGACAAUCACAUUUAGAUGCUACCACAAGGGUCUUAAGGUAUGUUAAGAGUUCUCCUGCACAAGGUCUCUUCUUUCCAGCAAUUUCAGACUUUCAGUUGAAGGCUUUUUCAGACUCUGAUCGGGUAGGGUGUGCGGAUACUCGAAGGUCUAUUACUGGAUUUUGCAUCUUCAUUGGUGGUCCAUUAAUUUCUUGGAAAUCUAAGAAGCAACAAACAGUUUCCAGAUCCUCUGCUGAGGCAGAAUACCGUGCCAUGGCCUCUACUUGCUGUGAACUAAUGUGGCUGUUCUUUGCUUAA